AUGGGGAAUGCUGCAGCAUUCCUAACCUAUCCUCCUUCCUCCCUUCUUCUCCCUCCCGCCUCCUCGCUACAGGGAAAGGAAGCACUGCUGUCAGCCAAUGCGGUGCGGCUGAUGACCAUCCACAAGGCCAGGGUUCUGGAGUUCCCGGUGGUGUUCCUGACAGGCAUCUAUCUCAAUGCACCCUCACACACCCUCACACACCUACACAUUGUUACUACCUGUGCUGCUUGUUCCCCUUGGCAGGGCAAGGAGGGACAGCUGUCAGCCAACGCUGUGCGGCUGAUGACCAUCCACAAGGCCAAGGGGCUGGAGUUCCCUGUGGUGUUUCUGAGUGCUAGCUGCCACAACCCUACCCUAUCCUCCUUUCGCUCCGCCUUCCUCUCUUUAGCAUUCCCCCUCUUCAUUGCAGGGCAAGGAGGCACAGCUAUCAGCCAAUGCUGUGCGGCGGAUGACCAUCCACUAGGCCAAGGGGCUGGAGGCAAGGAGGGACAGCUGUCAGCCAAUGCAGUGCGAUUAAUGACCAUCCACAAGGCCAAGGGGCUGGAGUUCCCUGUGGUGUUUCUGACAGGCCUGUUUCUUUACACACUCUUCUGUCAAUCCUCUCUCCAUGACAGGAGCAAGGAGGGACAGCUGUCAGCCAAUGCGGUAAGGCUGAUGACCAUCCACAAGGCCAAGGAGCUGGAGUUCCCUGUGGGCAAGGAGGGACAGCUGUCAGCCAACGCAGUGCGGCUGAUGACCAUCCACAAGGCCAAGGGGCUGGAGUUCCCUGUGGUGUUCCUGACAGGCCUGGAGAAUCGAAUCUUGCCGCUGAUUCAGUAUAGGAGGCGUGAGGAGGAGAGGCCUGGGUGGGAGAGGGUUACUAUAGGGACGGGGGACACAAUGAAUCAGUCGCGAGAUGCUGGGGAGAUGGAGUCAAAGCGGGAGAAAGGGUCAAAGGUGAAGAAGAAGGAGAAGAAGGAGAAGAAAGAGAAGAAAGAGAAGAAGCUGAAGAGCGGUGCGCUGAAUGGUGGAUCAGACGAAGCAGUGGAGAGCGUCGCGGCUGCAGAAGCGGGGAGACAGUCGCAGCCACCAGAGGAGAAGGGGAAUAAGGGAGAGAUGGAGGAGGGUAUUCGAGAGAAGGGUGAUCGGAAGAAAGGGUCAAAGCGGGUGAAGGGAGCGAAGCUUGAGAAGGAGUCAAAUCGCAAGGGAUGCGCUGAGGCUGCUGCCGCAGAGGAGCAGUCAAAGCAGAAAAAGGUGUCAAAGCGGGAGAGGGAGUCAAAUCGGGGAAAGGAAUCGGAACGGAAGAAGGCAUUGAGUAGCGGCGGUAAUGCAGAUGAGUCAGCGACAGAUGGUCAGGAUACAGCAGCAGGUGCCAAGGAGGCAGCAGCGGAGGCAGAGUGUCGAGCUGAAGGGUCUAAGCGGGCGAAGAAGGGGUCAAAGCGGAAGAGAUCUGCGAGUGGCGACGUGGACGCUAGCAGCGGCGGAGAUGAGGCUGUGGCAGGGAUGGAGGCUGCAGCAGAGGUGGAGCAGUCAAUCGGAAAGGAGAAAAGGAAGAAGGCGAAGCGGGAAGGAGCCGUGCGUGAUGGGUCUGCCAAUGAGGCAGCUGAUGGUGUUACGGUUGCAGCAGAAGCGGAGCAAUCACCUGAGAAAAAGAAAAAGAAGAAGAAGCAGAAACUGGCUGUGCGUGAGGGGGCGAAUGAGGCAGCUAAUGAGGCAGCUGCAGGUGAUAAUACUGGAACAGAAGCGGAGGAAUCACGUGUGAAGAGGAAGAAAAAGAAGUCGAAGCUGAAAGGAGCUGUGGAUAACGGGGUUGUUAGUGAGGCAGUGACAGGUGCUGGUGUUUCAGCAGAGGAGUUGCAAGCACAUGGGACGAAGGAAGAGACGAAGGAAACGAAGACGAAAGAAAAGAAAAAGUCAAAACGGAAACGGACUGAUGAGGGUGUUGCCAGUGAGGCUGCUGCAGGUGAUGAUGCAGCAGCAGAAGCAGAGCAAUCACGUGUGGGGAAGAAGAAGAAAAAGAAGAAGUCGAAGCGGGAACGAGCUGCUAGAGAUGGGGUGAAGGAGGAAGAGAGAGGUGCUGAGUUUGCAGAGGAACUUCUUCAGGAGCAUGAUGCAUCGUUACCAGGUGGUUCAGAGGUGGCAGCAGCAGAGGAAGGGUCUCAGGUGAAGGGGAGGAAAAGGGAAUCAAAGCAAGAAAAGGGGUCAAAGCGGGAGAAGGCGAAACAGAAGAGAGGGGAUAACGGUAUCGAGGAAACCAGCAGCAUCGGGAAUGGUGCAGCGGCAACAGAAGGGGUUGGGGUUGCAGCAGCAGGGGAGCAGCCGAGAGCGAGCGGGUCAAAGCGGGAGAAGAAGGCAAAACGGAAGAGAGCUUUGGGUAGUGGCAGCAAGGAGAACGGUAGCAGGACUGAUGGAGUGGCAGCGGUAGGGGUGGGGGUUGCUGUAGCAGAGGAAGAGCAACCGCGGGUGAAGGGAUUGAAACGUAGACGGGUUUCAGUCCCUAGCGCGCAGUGUUACGCGGUUACGGAGUCGAGACCUGCGAUCUCGCCCACGCGACCCUCAUUUAUCCGUGGUGGCUCGGCGCCUUGUCUGCAGAGGGCAUAG